AUGUCUCUCCUCCAGUCUUUCAGCAAGUGGCUGCACUUGAAGCAGUACCAGCUUGAGGUCACCUACAGCGUGUACAUUUUCACGCCCCUGGAAAAGUUCAUCUUCUACACUGUCCUGUUCCUCCUCAGCAGCUUGACAUUCAUCGCUACCGUCCUGUACCUCCCCCAGCACAUCGCCUUUAUUGCGAACCGCGCCUGGUUCUACAUGCACGGCGACCCGAUCGAGGCCGUCGUCGCCGCUGUCGAAGUCACCAAGGCUGCGGUAGAGAGCGUAUUGAUGGCCGAGACGACGACGACGGCUGCCGCCCUGGCGCAGGAAACCGUUGAGAUCGUCAGGGAGCUGUAA